GUGGUCUUUGCUUUGAAUCAGACUCUCUUGCAGCAGGAGAGCCUCCGAGCAGGCAGUUUCCAGAUCCCCUAUACGACAGAAGACCUUAUCAAGCAUUACAACUGUGGGGACCUCAGCUCCAUCAUCUUCAACCAUGACACUUCUCAAGUCCCAAAUUUCAUUAACGCUACACUUCCAGCUCACGAACGCAUUACUGCCCAAGAGAUAGACAGCUACUUCCGUCAGGAGCUCAUCUACAAACGAAAUGAGCGAAUGGGCAGGAGGGUGAAGGACCUGCUGGAAGAGUACCCUGACAAGAGUUUCUUCUUUGCAUUUGGAGCUGGUCACUUCAUGGGCAACAACACACUGAUUGAUGUUUUGAGGAAAGAAGGGUACGAGAUAGAACACACUCCAGCUGGACAAGCCAUCAACAACAAAAAACCCCCCAAAACUCUGUUAGCCCUUUCAUCAUCAUCACCAGCACACAGCCCCUAUGUCGCGUCCCAGGAGCUCCCACUGCCAUUGCACCCCCAGGAGGAGGAAGAGGAAGAGCUCCUGCCUCACCUGCUGCUCCCUGACAGCAUCAAUGUGCUGGAGAAAGUAGACAAGAAGUACAAAAAGAAGAAGAAGAAGCAGCAGAAGAAGCAAAGACUGCGACAGUUUAACGAUCUCUGGGUUCGCCUUGAAGAAAGUGCUACAGACCCUCCUCCCCGGAUCCGCAUCAUUAACGGCUACAUCACGGUUGAACCCCAGCCCCGGGGCCAUGGACGGUCUAGUCACGCUUGCGCAGACACCGGCAGCGCUCACCAGUUUCCACAUUCUAUCUUGCUCCUGCUACUGACUUUGACUUUGCAUAUGAUAAGUCUGCAUUGA